GAUCCACAAACCAACCAUCACAUCGGGCCAGGCAGGCGCAGCUGUUGGAUUUUGUUUCGCCAUCAGUUUCGCCCGUCAUCGGCGUCGGCGCAGGGGACUUGCAGUCUAGUGCGGCUUUUCGAGCGAGCAGCACUCUCUUACGUCCAAGUUGGGUUCUUGUCUAUUUUUUUUUUAACUCGGUUGAAAUGGAGACUCUGAUUUCCCAUAUGUUCGUUGAGCACGACAUCGUUCCAGUGUUGAUUGAAUGUGCACCGUUGGUGUUUGCCAAGGUCAGCUACCGUUCGAAGAAGCUCGUCGACGCGGGGAAGGAACUGACUCCGGCCGACGUGCGCGAUGAACCGAAGGUCGAAUGGUGCGCCGAUCCCAUCAUAUACUACACACUGGUCAUGAUUGAUCCGGAUUCUCCGAGCAGGACGGAACCCCUGAACCGGGAAUUCGCCCACUGGCUGGUGGGUAACAUUCCAGGGAAGCACGUGGAGCAGGGUGAAGUCCUCUUCGAGUAUCUACCUGCAUUCCCUCGGGCCGGAACCGGUUUCCAUCGGUACAUAUUCCUGCUCUACCAGCAGCACUGCCACAACGAUUACUCCGAAGCUCCCCGGGCCUCUAGGAAGAAUCGAACACCACGGUUGCGUUUUUCGACGCGUGAUUUCGCCCGCCGUUACAGUCUGGGUCAACCGAUUGCGGGCAACUUUUUCGUUGCCCAGUUUGACGACUACGUACCGGUCAUAUUGGCGCAAUUCCCUCCGUCCAACGAGUACUGACUUGGCGCCGAUAGAUGAUGAUGAUGUGUGUGGGUGUGCGUGAACUCAAGAGAUAGAGAGCAAGAGAGUGCCGCCUCUCUGUUUUUGUUUACAUCGCUGGAGCGCACCCAUGGCUUUGGGAUUGGAGAUUGAACGGCAGAUCGAUGGAAACAUUUCAAAAGGGCGAAAUUGCUUUUGUAAACAAUGUUUAUUUGUCGCAAAUAUAAGCUCACUCCCAAAUACUUAUCACACCAGCUGGUAGCGGGAACGUUCCUCUAAUCGAUGGCAUAGUUAAUUUGCAUGUGCAAUCUUUAAUACGCGGGAAUCGAUGGGUGAAGUAAUUGUUUAUGAAAGCAGUUUCGCCCAUUUGAAAUGUUGGCCUCGAUUUGUCGUUCAAUCUCAAAUCCCAAAGCCAUGCGCACCAGCGAUGUAAACAAAAACAGAGACAGCUUCAAGGGGAUGAUAGGGAAGUGGCAACCUCGUGAUUGCGAUAAUCAGCUGAUGAGUCAGUAAUUGCUGUCAACUGGUGCCAAUAAUAAUGUUAUAUCACCAGUGAUGAAAGGAAAGCAUUUUUGAAUCUCUCGAUAAGGUAAGGGAGUAUGCAUUAAGUACGUCACGCGAAAUUUAGGGCAUAUCAACUCCCUUAUCACUUAUUUUCCCGUUUUUGUAUUGCAUGUCACACAUUCAGUGUGACGUACUAAAUGGAUGCUUCCCAAGUAGAUUGGACACCGAAAUAUAUACA